AUGUUAAAAAACAAACAGCUACUUCCCUUAGCUUAUCGUUUUAACCAACGCCCUUCUCAUCGACUGCUAGGGCUCAAAGAAUCAGCGCUUACCAGAUACAACACUUCCUCUGGUGUGACUCGAGAAUCUCGAAUUAACCCUGCCCUUUGCAACUUCGAACCCAGUAACGCAAUUUGUGAUUGCUCGCUUAAAGCUAUCGAUUACGAAGUUAAUUCUGAGUGCAAGACGAUGCAGACACUUGGCGAUCAUAAGUUGCCCCACUUCUUUAAUUAUCCGCCCUACUUUACGUUGCAGCCUGUGAGAGAAACAAGAGAGAAGCAAAUACAACUAUGGAAGGAACUUAUUCUUGAUUAUUGUCGAACACAAAAGAUAUUUAUAAUUGGAUUGGAAGAAGACUUUCCCCUGUUCUCCAACCCUGCAAUUGAAAGGUCUCUGAAUCAUGAAGCAAGAGAAGCUUUCCUGUCAGCCAUAGUCUUGGAUGGACGUGCAGAAUGGAUGGACAAGAGUCAUAGGCAAUGUCUUAUCUUGUGGCAUCGUAUAAAAGAUUGGGCUGACCUCAUCAUACGCUUUGUUAAGGAGAAUGGAUUAGAGGAUAGUGUAAUGACAAUUGAGGAAAUACGUUCAGGGAUCGAGUCACGUGGAACAGAUAUCCAUGGAAUGGACCGAACUGUUCUAGUGAGGGCACUUAAACUUCUGGAAAACAAAGGAAAACUUGCAAUCUUCAAGGGAACUUCAACAGAUGAUGAGGGCGUAAAAUUUUCUGUUUGAUUUGUACUUCAAUCAUUACAUUUCUUUUUGCAACACUUAUUAUAUGCUGGAUUGGAUCAUCUUUGUGGUGGAAAAAAGAUGACACAGUUAUUGUAUUUUGUUUUUUAUAUCGAGGCAAAUUGUAGGAAACAGCUGACAUGUUUUACUUUUUUUUACCAAUGUAGGCAAUGUAUUUGUUUUUUUACCCUUAAUAGCAAUAUACUUAACAUUUAUUUACACAUAAUCAUAAC